CUAACAAUAGCUACCAGGCUACUGGAGGGAGUAGCUGCUGUAUGGUGGGAGGGCGUGGAAGGAAAGUUCCACGGUGAGACCACCUGGGAGAAAUUUGAAGUAGAAUUCUACAAUCAGUACUACUCAGAGUUCGAAAAGAACCAGAAGAGGAAGGAGUACAUGACCCUGGUACAGGAGGAGGAUUGCUCGGUUAGGCAACUGGAACAAAGGUUCCGGGACUUGGCACGGUACAUACCCGAGUACGCCAUGGAUGAGAACCGUAUGGCUAAUCACUUCUGGGAUACCCUACACUUGGAUAUCCGUGAUCGGGCUACCUACAAUCAUCACAUGACCUUUAGUGAGAUUGUGGAUCAGGGGCUACUUGGGGAAGCCAAGUGGAAUGAAAGGAAGAAGAGAGACGCCGAAGAGGCGAAGAAGAGGAGAUGGGGGAAUUCUGGACCCCAAGACCAUUCUCGAAAACAUCACGCCGGGAAUGGAAGAUCAUUCAGGGCGCCGGAACCACCGGCAAAAAAGAGUAAGGGCCUAGGAGGGCAAGGGCACAGCUCGGGGAGCGUGAGGCCACCAAGGUGUCCAAACUGUAACAGGAAUCACUCCGGGAAGUGCAAUGAACCACCCCGGUGCUACAAGUGUGGUAGCACAAGCCACCUCAAACUCUCUUGCCCAAUGUUGAGUGGAGGUGGGCCAUCGGGAGCUGUUGAGGCACCUACGUCUGGUAGGGGUCGUGCGGGACCAUCUCAGGGCGGCACGGGAAGGGGCGGACCCACGGCUAGUAACGCCGCGUCCGUUAACCAAGGGAGGACCCAGGCACGGGUGUACGCAAUGACCGAGGCGGACGCUCGGGCCAACCCGGACUCCGUUGCAGGUUAAGGCUUGAGACCUAUUCCUGCACCUUUGCCUAGGAUGAUCAUCAAAUAAGGAAGACGUGGUCCGUGCUUCCAUUCUUAUUUGAAAUUAUGAAAUUGCUCAUGGAUAUUUGAACGAUGUUUCUAUUAAACUAUUGAAGGGCCUGCGUGCUCAUGUUUGCCACGUGUGGCUAAAUGUCAAACAUAUUUUAUUUCCGCAUUUGAUUGACUAAUGUAUAUUGAUGUUGAUUGUAUGGGUUUACUAAUCGGUUUGGCAAUAGAAUCUAUCGGACGCCUUGUAUAAUUUAAUAAGAAUGAACUACGUUGUUCUUAUUGGGUUGUACGGCGGUUGUCUACGUGGCACGGAUGCGGUCCGGGGCGUGACACUACAAGCCCCAACACCCCUAUGAUGGGUGGCCAUCGGGAUGCUCCAGACCUUGCAAGACGAAGAAGAUGACAGAUCUUUGUUGUUCCAGAAAAGAAACAAGAAGAUGAUAGAUCUACACUUGAUCUGCGACGGAGGAGGUGCAGUUACUCGGAGACAACGGAGUUGCAAUUGCUCGGCGAUGGAGACGGAAGCCUAAUAUGUGCGACAGAGAAGACAACCUAAAAUGGGCGACGUAGAAGACAGCUUGAAACGGGCGACGAAGACGAUUUCCUUUGGCACGAACGUUUCCUUUGGUGUGAAGCAAAGGUCUCCUGUGGAGGCGAUGCCGCGAUGGAGCAAUUCGGUCUCUUUUUUGUCCUUUCCAUAUGUGGUCCCAUUUUUGUCCCGUCAAAAGUCCCAAGUCUUAUUUUUGACAUUAUUUCAUUAUUUAAACAAUAAUCAAAUAAUAUAAUUCAACCAUAUUUUGAGAAAUAGUGUUGAUGGGUAUAUAAUAUAAUGAGAUC